UCUCCGUUCUCUGAUCCGCCUUGAUUAUGACUGUUUCCUCAAGCUUGCGGAUUCUCAACAAUGGUCUUUUAUAUCGUAUUUUAUUACUAGAUCUUAUGUGCGUAGUUCAUCCAGAUGCCGAAGGACUUAACUUAAACGAAACGUUAGGGAUAAACAAACAGCAUGGAUUUCAGACAAGCCUGAACAUGCAGCUUUAAUCAGAUGACUUAUUUACAUGAGAACUCUCACUCUGGACAAAUGAGCCACCACAGAAAUCGGGCGUGUUGCAAUGGCCCUCGGAGUUGACAAGGCCUUAUCAGACACCUCCUCUCAGAUGGAGAACACAAGCUUUGGGAGAUGGAAGUCGAGGAUCCCAGAAUUCAUUCGCAGUGGUCCCAGGGAGAGAGAGGGGUCCAGGCAUGCGUGUGUCCAUAAGGCCAAAGAUCCAGACAAAGAGCUAGGUGGCUACAAAAAGACAGUCACUAUGGCACCUGUUUCCAGGUAUAUGACAGAUAAAAACAUCUACACCAUGAGAAAACCAUUGGUUUUCUCCACACAAUGCCUGAAAAUGCCCAUUCUGAAGAAUUCAUCCACAUUUGAAGAUUCAGAGAAGGAACCUCAUAUCAGCCACAAAGCAGAAUAUCCAAAAGCAAAGGAAAACAGCCCAGUCAAACAGUCAUUCAAAACCUUCGAAGCUGAUUCUUAUACAUUCUCUCCACAAAUGUCCAGGGAAGACCUGGAUACCUCCAUGAGUAUAUCGGACCUCAGGCAUUGGUCAAGUGACGAGGAGGCUAUCUUUAACACUUCAUCCAACGAACACAGCCUGUCCAGUCCCCCUUCUGCUAUUUUGAGCCUGGCAGUACCUCCAGUGCCAAAGUUGAUAUCCACUCCUCUAAGUAUGUCCCACUCAUCCAGCCAUACAUCUUCUUACACGAGAAGUGUUAAAACUAGAGCAGUUCAGAUGGACCGUGGGAAAGAUAGUCUCCAUAACACAGGACCUUUCCAUUAUCACACUAAGAACUCUCCACAUGGACAUAUGUCGACGAAUCAGGCCAAUUAUUGGGCAUGUGCCAUUCCGAAUUCUAUGCCGCCCUCCCCAGACCGGAGAUCCUCCAGCUGGGAUCCUCAUAAGGAAUACGAGGCGCUCCUGGACUAUACAUACCCACUGAGACCCAACAUGGCUAACACAUGGAGUUCACCAGAGUCUCUCUUGCGAUCUGAUUCACGCUUGCAAGAUUCUGGCAUUGAGUUGGACCACUUUUACAGCUCUUCCAUCUUGUCCGGUUUGGAUCCAUCCCAGGUCGGGACUCGACGGGGAAGGUCUAGUCCAGCAACAGGCCGAAGGUCAACUGAACUCCAGGAUCAAAGUCUAAACAAACUAUCACGCUCGAAGUCAUCAGAUGGUGUCCUAUCCAGAAGCUUGUACUCUCCACUGGACCAGACUGGUUUGUCAGGUGACAAACUGAGUCUAGACUGUGACAGGAAGCUGAAGGUUCAUUACCGUAAGUCUGGUGUGUUCUCUACCUUCAGGUCUGACCCCACAUUUAUAAGUUCAACAUGUAUCCUUCCCCGUCCAGGAUCACAGGAGGAUUGGGAUGAAGAAUUUCUUCGCCUGCCGGAACAGAUACAAGAACUGAAUUUACUUUCACAGCAUCUGAGGGACAUCAGUGCCCAGAUGAGCAAGCCAGUCACCACCAGCUGGGAAUCUUUGGGGAGUGAGGAUACUUCGGUCAGUUCACCAACCGUUCAAAUGGAAAAGCAAGGAGGAGGUGAUGAAGAAAUCUCAGAAGAUCAUCUCAAGUUUGAGGAUUAUUCAGAAGAGUCGAAGGAGACUGCUGCCAGACUGCAGCUGGUAAACCAAGAGGUGAACAGGAGCAAUCUGAGGGAGGUGGAAGCUAUCAUGGAUAAACUGAGCAGAAUAUCAAUGGCUGAUCUUCAUAUAGACCACCAGGAUGAAAAGGAGCCCAAGGAGUCACUCAUGCAGCACAUACAGGCAUUUUGUUCAAACUUAGAAAAGCUGAUUCAGUGGCUGUACAAGGUGGUAGAGAAGGUAGAGAUUCUUUCCCCACCCGCUAUCGAAUUAGACAGUGUCAAAGCCUCCUUGGCUGACUACAAGAGUUUUCAGGAAGAAGUCAACGCUCAUAAGCCUCUUACGGCAGAUGUUCUACAGACUGGAGAGAUGCUUUUGCAUUGCAUGAACUCAGCAUCUCCCUUUCUAGAGGAGACAUUGGUGUUAAUAGAGAGACAGUCUUAUACACUGGAAACUCAUUCGGAAUAUCUGUUUUCCUCUAUUCUGUCAGCCAUGGACAGCCUCACUGACCCCAGGAGUCUGGAGGUCUCAGCGGGGAUUUCCUGAUGACUGCCCAGAGAAAAAAAUAACAGCUCUCUUCACCGAGACAUCCUUUUCUGCACCUUUAAGUGCACAGGAGGACGAUAACCGCAGAUCACUAAAUACUUGAUUAAUAUUUUAAAAGGAUUUGACCUUUUUUGUACACUUGUUUAUAGUAUCAAAGAGAACUGUUUGUGAUUCAUUGGUAUUGCAAGUCUUCAGUUUUUUUUCAUAGGUGUUGAACCUUUCAUUUUGUAUUUAAACUUACCAGAUUGCAAUAUUGGUCACAUUGUAUAUUUUAACAUACUACUCUUGUCAGGUAUUGGCCUGAGAUGACUCCAUUAAGUAAUAGUGUGACGCUGUGCUGCAGAGACGCACAGACAUUGUGCCAAUUGUGAUUGUGAUCAAAGUUAUUUCCAUUAUAAAGUUUGCAUUUUCUCCUC